AUGGCGGAGCGGCGGCGCGCGUGGGACGCCGAGGACGACCUGCCCGUGUACCUGGCGCGGCCGGGCAGCGCGGCGCAGACGCCGCGGCAGAAGUACGGCGGCAUGUUCGCGAACGUGGAGGGCGCCUACGAGAACAAGACGCUCGACUUCGACGCCUACAGCGUGGGCCGCCGCGGCUCGGCCCGCACCCCGCGCGAGGCCUCGGCCCGCACCGACGCCCUGGGCCUGCCCGCGCCCGCCCAGCCCGGCGACGGCCACGACGCGGCCGGCGACGCCGCCGAGGAGCCCGCGCCGCGCCCCCGCCGCCCCGCGCCCCGCCACCUGCCGCUCGCCCGGGACAAUGGCCAGAGUGACCGGCUGCUCAUCAAAGGUGGACGGAUCGUCAAUGAUGACCAGUCCUUCUAUGCUGACGUCUACCUGGAGGACGGGCUCAUAAAACAAAUUGGAGAGAACCUCAUUGUUCCAGGCGGCGUGAAGACCAUCGAGGCCCAAGGGCGUAUGGUCCUUCCAGGAGGCAUCGAUGUUAACACGUACCUGCGGAAGCCCUGGCAGGGCAUGGUGGCAGCUGACGACUUCUUCCAGGGCACCCGUGCCGCGCUGGCCGGUGGGACCACCAUGAUCAUUGACCACGUUGUCCCGGAGCCUGGGUCCAGCCUGCUGACCGCCUUUGAGAAGUGGCACGAAGCAGCUGACACCAACUCCUGCUGUGAUUAUUCCCUGCACGUGGACAUCACAAGCUGGCACGACGGUGUCCAGGAGGAGCUGGAGGUGCUUGUGCAGGACAAAGGCAUCAACUCCUUCCAGGUCUACAUGGCCUACAAGGACCUGUACCAGAUGUCUGACAGCCAGCUCUACGAGGCCUUCACUUUCCUGAAGGGGCUAGGAGCCGUGAUCCUGGUCCAUGCUGAAAAUGGGGAUUUGAUAGCCCAGGAGCAGAAGCGGAUCUUAGAGAUGGGCAUCACAGGACCUGAGGGUCAUGCUCUGAGCAGACCCGAAGAGCUCGAAGCCGAGGCUGUGUUCCGGGCCAUCACCAUUGCAGGCCGGAUCAAUUGCCCCGUGUACAUCACCAAGGUUAUGAGCAAGAGCGCAGCUGACAUCAUCGCCCUGGCCCGGAAGAAAGGCCCCCUAGUGGUGGGUGAGCCCAUUGCAGCCAGCCUGGGCACUGACGGAGCCCACUACUGGAGCAAGAACUGGGCCAAGGCAGCCGCCUUCGUCACCUCCCCGCCUCUGAGCCCUGACCCCACUACGCCUGACUACCUGACUGCCCUUCUCGCCUGUGGCGAUCUGCAGGUCACGGGCAGUGGCCACUGUCCCUUCAGCACAGCCCAGAAGGCCGUGGGCAAGGACAACUUCACGGCCAUCCCCGAGGGCAUCAAUGGUGUAGAGGAGAGGAUGGCUGUGGUGUGGGACAAGGCAGUGGCCACUGGCAGGAUGGACGAGAACCAGUUUGUGGCUGUGACCAGCAGCAACGCGGCCAAGAUCUUCAACCUGUACCCCAGGAAGGGGAGGAUCGCCAUGGGCUCUGACGCCGACGUGGUCAUUUGGGACCCUGACAAGGUCAAGACCAUCACAGCCAAGAACCACAAGUCGGCCGUGGAGUACAACAUCUUCGAGGGCCUGGAGUGCCACGGGGCCCCGCUGUUGGUCAUCAGCCAAGGCAAGAUCGUCUACGAGGACGGCACCCUGAACAUUAGCAAGGGCAGUGGCCGCUUCAUCCCGCGGAGGCCCUUCCCCGAGCACCUGUACCAGCGGGUGCACAUCCGAGGCAAGGUGUCCGGGCUGCACGGGGUGCCCCGGGGCAUGUAUGACGGCCCAGUGUACGAAGUACCAGCCACCCCCAAGUACGCAACGCCAGCCCCGUCGGCCAAGUCCUCACCUUCCAAACACCAGCCCCCACCCAUCCGGAACCUCCAUCAGUCCAACUUUAGCCUGUCAGGUGCCCAAAUAGAUGACAACAACCCUCGGCGCACUGGCCACCGCAUCGUGGCACCCCCUGGUGGCCGCUCCAACAUCACCAGCCUGGGCUGAAGGACCCGGCCGUGCUGCAUGCAGCAGGUGCUAGAGCCAAGGACUCCAGGAGCGGCGCGCAGCGCCUCCUGCUGGUGUGGCCUCCUCCCCAGUUUUGUUUGGGACAAGGGGAGGAAAAUUGAAGGGUGUUCGUUCCUUGUUGAUUAGGAAGAAGUGGUACUAGUGUGGUGUUUGCCUGGAAUUCUCCCCACCCGUCCCCCAACCCCACCCCACCCCCGUGGCUGUGUGUCCACGCCGGGCCUGCCCAGAGCAUGGUGGCACCACCCUCCCCUUUCCAUUUCCCAGUCCCAGCCCCUUCGAGUCCGUCCAGCUCGCUGGGCUCCUGGCUGCUGAGGGGACAAUGGUCCUUGGUACCCCGUAGCUGUCGUAGGUAGUCGAUGCAUGUUCUCAAGUUCCGUAUGCAAGCGUGAGUGUGCCCCACGGCCUCUCCACAGCCGCGUGGACACGGGGUGGUCCCAGAGUGCUCACAAAUGUUUACUUAUUGACCUCCCCCCAAAAUCACUGGAAAGGCCCCCACCUCCUACUGAGGUCUAAAGUCUCAGAAGCAGGCGGCUGGGCCGGCCACUGUGUCCUAUUGUGUGUCUUGCUGCCAGCUCUGCCCUCGGGGGUUGGGCCGGGCUCUGCCAUGCUCCUGGCUCUCGCCCCCUCCCACAUCCCCCACAUAGGGCUAGUGGGGGGAGCAGCAGCCCCCCCCAACUACCCCUUCUCGGGGCCUGAGCCCUGGUCCCUCUGAAGCAGUCGGUGGGGUAGCCUGAUUUUUAAAGUUUUGUACAGUUUUCCUUUGUAAUCACCCCAUUUUUACUUAACGGACAAUUUGGUGUGGUCUUUAUUUCCGAAAACUCAAAGCUUGUGAAAAAAUAAAAGAGCCCACUGGCCUG